AUGGGUAGGGUUAUUCGGGCACAGAGGCGCUCUCAUGCUAUCUUCAAGGCGCACACCCACCACAACAAGGCGCCUGCGCAAUUCCGUCCUCUCGACUUCGCAGAACGCAAUGGAUACAUCAAGGGCAUUGUGAAGGAGAUCAUCCACGACGCUGGCCGCGGUGCUCCUCUUGCCCGUGUCGUCUUCCGCGACCCCUACCGAUACAAACUUCGCAAGGAGACGUUUGUUGCGACCGAGGGUCUCCACACUGGUGCCUUCGUCUACUGUGGCAAGAAGGCUACCCUCGCCGUCGGCAACGUCCUCCCCGUCUCCCAAUGUCCUGAGGGUACAAUCGUCAAUAACGUUGAGGAGAAGACCGGUGACCGCGGUGCGCUCGCCCGGACGUCCGGCAACUACGCUACCGUCAUCGGCCAUUCGCCCGAUGAGAACAAGACUCGCAUCCGACUUCCAAGUGGCGCGAAGAAGACCGUCUCUGGCAGCUGCAGAGCAACAAUCGGUAUUGUUGCGGGUGGUGGACGUAUCGAUAAGCCCCUACUCAAGGCUGGUCGUGCGUUCCACAAAUACAAGGCCAAGCGCUACAACUGGCCCCGCACUCGUGGUGUUGCUAUGAACCCUGUCGAUCACCCUCACGGUGGUGGUAACCACCAACAUAUUGGUAAGGCCUCGACAAUCGCCCGCUCUGCUGUACCCGGUCAGAAAGUCGGUCUUAUUGCCGCCCGUCGGACGGGUCUGCUCCGUGGUACGGUCAAGGUCAAAGAAGUAUAA